AUGGCGGACCGAUUGCACAUAUGAAUCUUGAAAAAAUUCCAAAUUCUGUGACGGUUAGAAUGUUAUUCUCUAGACUAUUGUUUCAUACAAGCAGUCGAUGUACCACACCCUGCUUUCAAAUCAAUGCUAAGACAAAGCAAAUUAUACGAUUUCGAUUCGUUCACGGGACAAAUAUUCUCAAUAACCGUAACUUGCCUGAUCAGUGGUUCUCGAAGAUUUCUAAUGCCGUUUCCAUCAAGAGUGAACGUGCGGUGAAAAAUUCUUACGAGAAAGUUGGCGGGCUCUUUCAAGCCUUGGAUGAUCUUUUAGGGAUCUCCGAUGUACAAGAAGCUCAGACAGGUGUGAAAAAGGCAGAAAAUGAAUUUAUGUCUACCCGGGGUAAAGUGCAGUCCGCGAAAUCAAACCUGAAUUCAGCGCAAGAAAAGCUAAGGGACAUUCGCUGUAAGUUAGACCGGAUUCCUCGAGACGACGAACGUUAUCUAGCUUUAGCGACAGAAGAACACAAGGUUCUGCUGGAGGAAAAAAAGUUGAAAGGUGAAUACGAAGAUUUGGAAGCUGUGGAAAGAGACCAGUUUGCAAUCCUGUCAGGAGCUGUGAGGGACUCCCACGAGAAAGAAAGGGCAAGAGUGGAAAGGACUAAACACUGGUCUGUGAUUGGCUCUAUUGGUGGUGCCGCACUUGGAAUCUUAGGCUCAACUCUGGUGAACUACAUCCGCUUGAAGCAAAUCAAGAACUCCAUCAAGGAAACUGGGAACACAUUGAUAGGAAAGACUGAUGAGCUUGCUGAUCUGGUAAAAGGACAGGAAAAUCAAAUAGGGAGCCAGACAAAUGAUUUAAAGGAAUCUUUAUCUACACAAAGUAAAUUAUUAGAGCAAAAAUUUAAAGAGUUAGCAGGUUUGUUAAACCUACUUACUCUAGAUUUAAUUUCGGAUCCUUUAAAGGACUUGGGAAUCCAUGUUCAACCAGCUUUGGAUCCUGAGCAUUUUAAGAGUGCACACUCUCCCAUGAGUCAAAACCAAGGUAAUAUUGAAGAGCUGAUAAACAGUGUUGUAUCAAGAAUUGACUCAGUUCUAGAGGUCUUGAAAAUUGAUCGGUAUGAAAUGAAGGAAGAUUUGAAGACAUUACAACAAAGCAUAGUUACACUCGACAGUUCUGUUCUUCAAUGCAAAGAGAGAACUGUUGAGGAGCUAGACAGACUUGUUAAGUCCAUUAAAGAUAGGUCUCUUUCUACCAGUGACUCUGUGGAACCUUCAACACAGCAUGUACCCGACAAAUUUGCUGAAAAUACACAGUGGUGGACCAAGGCAAGUACAUUUACAUCACUAGUAUGUACUGCAUUGACAGCUUCUGUACUUCUGUGUGAGUUUUUCAAAUAAAUGAAUAGAA